CGUAUGUCAACUCAGAUACUUAAAGACGGGAUUAGUCAAAAACAGUUUUAAGCUCUUAUCAAAGACUCACUACUCCCCUGAGGUAUUCACGCUCUCACAUACUCACAUUCUUGACGACGUUAUUCGUGUGGCAAGAUUGAGUUCCUCCUGUACUGAAGCGAGUUGACGACGGGCCUUAAUACAUAUUUAGUUUUCUCGUCCGCAAUUGACAUCUUGAUCUACCCAGUGCUGUUCUCUCUUAAAAAGUGCAUGACGAAGAGACACUCUGUAGCAAGGAUUAGUGUGCAGUGUGCAAGAUCUAUGGACGUAUACGUAUUGAUUUUACCAAGGACAACUUAACUUCUCAAGGACCACGUAUUUACCAAGGACCUCGUGCACUGCAAGGACCCCGUCCCCGUAUGUACCAAGGACCCCGAAUAUACCGUAUAAAGAACCCUGUGUAUACGAAUGGCGCCGUAUAAAACCCGGCAGUAGAAGUAACCGAUAGCUGUAGUACAUCCCUGCCAGGAAAGUGGAAAUCGUUUUGCAUCCCUGUCUGUUGUAAGGAGGUGGACUGACAACAGUGGAAGGCGGAGACGUAAAUGUCCAGAAGGAGAUGAUGGGUAAACGCAAGUGAUAGCGUUUGUGACCCCCCUAAUAUUAAUAGUCUGGCUGGCUGAGAAUCUCAAUUUACUCUCCUGUGAUAAUUGCUUAAGCUGUUCACCUCACAGAAAGACAAUACAGUAUAUACUGGUUAUGUGAUUUUAUUUCUUGCUUGUAGUGACACAUUCCUUUUAUAUGAAUUUUUUGUGUGGGUGACUCAACAUGGUUUUGUUUUGUUUGGAAUACUUGUAUUUAUAGUGGACACUGGUUGUGCAGAAUUGGACACUAGAGGAACAGUUUUGUAGAACAAAAUUCUAAGAACACUUUAUAACUACUGUACUGUACUUUAAGUGAAGUUGACCAUCACUGGUAUUCUCUGAAUUAAUACAUUCCAAAACUACAUACCGGUACUGGGUAAUUGUUGAAAAUGUGGUCAGCAGCAAAUGGUCCCAUCAGUGGCAAGCACGGACCCCUCGUGGGUGCCGUUGAUCAAGGAACUUCAUCUACGCGUUUCUUGGUGUUUUCUGCAGUGACGGGAGAAGUGUUGACGUACCAUCAAGAGGAAGUGGCUCAACUUUACCCUAAGGAGGGCUGGGUGGAGCAGGACUCCAAUGCACUUCUGAAAUCUGUCUUGACGUGUAUUGAAAAGACAGUCGAGAACCUAAGGACGUUAGAGAUUGAUCCUGCAGACAUCAAAGCCCUUGGGAUAACCAAUCAGCGGGAGACAACAGUAGUAUGGGACAAGACGACUGGAAAACCUCUCUACAAAGCUAUUGUGUGGCUGGAUGCCCGUACAACCAGCACAGUGGAAGCGAUACUGAAGGAAACACCCGGCCAGAACAAGGAUUAUGUGAAGGAUAUGUGUGGGCUCCCCAUCACCACCUACUUCUCAGCCUUGAAAUUACGUUGGCUCCUGGAUAAUGUGAAGGAGGUUCAGGAGGUGGUUGAACAAGGCAACCUCUUGUUUGGCACCAUUGACACCUGGCUAUUAUGGAAUUUGACUGGUGGCCUUGAUGGUGGGCUGCAUGUGACUGACGUAACCAAUGCUUCUCGCACCAUGCUUAUGAAUAUAUCUACAUUACAAUGGGACCCAAAUCUCUGCAAGUUCUUCAAGAUACCUAUGUCUGUCCUGCCAGAAAUCCGCAGUAGUUCUGAGAUAUACGGCUAUAUCACAAAAGGGCCCCUUCUUGGUGUGCCAAUCUCAGGGGUACUGGGAGACCAGCAGGCAGCGCUAGUGGGGCAGAUGUGUUUGUCUCGUGGCCUGGCCAAAAACACAUAUGGCACAGGAUGUUUCUUGCUCUAUAACACAGGAACUCAGAUUGUGCAGAGUAAUCACGGCCUUCUCACAACAGUCGCCUACAAGUUUGGGAAAAAUGCCCCAACUAUCUAUGCCUUAGAGGGUUCUGUUGCCAUAGCUGGAGCUGCUGUGCGUUGGCUCAGAGACAACCUUAAUAUUAUCAAGACAUCUGCAGAUAUUGAACCAUUAGCAAAGUCAGUUAAAGACUCUGCAGGCGUUUACUUUGUUCCAGCCUUCUCUGGCCUAUACGCUCCAUAUUGGCGCACAGAUGCCAGAGGAACUAUAUGCGGCUUAACUCAAGGGAGCUCAGGAGCCCACCUGGCAAGAGCAGUGCUCGAGGCUGUCUGCUUUCAAACUCGAGAAAUCUUAGACUCAAUGCAAAAGGACUCGGGUAUUGCCCUAAAUAAGUUGCAGGUAGAUGGAGGAAUGACCUGUAACAACACACUGAUGCAGCUGCAGGCAGAUCUAGCGGGCGUACCUGUUGUGCGUCCAAGCAUGACUGAAACGACUGCAUUAGGAGCAGCAAUGGCAGCUGGGGCAGCAGAAGGCAUAGCAGUGUGGGACUUAACCAAACUAUCCCCUCCCACUACUGAUGACUUCACACCUACAAUAAUGCCAGAAGAGCGUGAAGAGCGUUACGAGCGAUGGUGCAUGGCUGUGGAGCGUUGCAUGGGCUGGGAGCUACCAAGGGAUAAGCAGCCUGGACCAGACCAUGAGUAUCGGCUGUUGUCUUCUGUCCCACCUGCUCUGUUUCUUCUGUCUUCGUGUUUUGUCUUGAUGGUUGCCGAUCACUUGCACACAUCUUCAUGACAUCAGUACGUCUCUUGUUUACGCUGGAAAACUUAUAGGGUCAGCAAAGAACUUAUUAUUAUUAUUAAUUCUGAAGUUGAUUCUCAGUCGGUGCUUAUCGUUAUAUAUUUGGACAUGAUUAGUGCAAUGAAGGAACAUUUUUAAUAUUUUUUAUUCAGUUUAUAUCUUUUCUAAAAUAUUAUUGAUCAAAAGACAAGACUAUAUACAGUAUCUCAAAAAAGUAUCUGUCCAUACACUGUGCGAAACAUUGAGCCCACAGGUGAUAGGUAUUAUGACAUGCAUUUACUUUGGUAUAUAUUUUAACAUAAGUAAAAUAGUAUUGUGUAUUUAUUAUGGAGUAGUUAAUAUGAUGUUCAGUAACCAAAUGUAGUAGGAUCAGUAAGCCACAGAGCGACGCAUACCAACUUUCCCAGGACAUCACGAGUUGCAUGUAGCAUUUCAGAAGUCAUCGGAUCCUUCCUGGCAGAUAUUUUUUUUGAGAUACUGUACUGUACAGUAUUAUAAUACAGUGGUCCCUCGAUUAACAAACGGUUCAAUUAACAAAAUUUCGGUUAACGAAUUAGCUCCCAUAAGGAUUUUCAGUUCCAUUAACGAACAAAACUUCAAUUAGCUACAGCCUUACAAGAAACACGCCUUGUUGUGCGCAUCAGCUGAUCGGCUAGUCCGCCAAUAUAGUAAUUGGUUCUAUGUUUACAUUCGUUUCCAGUGAAGUAAAUAUCAAGAAAGUUGUGCUUUGAAUAUUUUUGCAUUUUU